AGUAAAAAAAAGAAUGCAACUUUCUUUAACUGGGCCAAAAUCACUUUUUCUAAACUAAAUAUUUUAACUGAAACCACUACUAGUGUUUGUGGAGAUAAGUGGAACACUUUCUCUUACCAUUUAUGUAUAGACAAACAAAGAAAAGUCCCGAUAUUCUCCAAAGUUUGAAAAAAUAUCUAAGCGGUGAUAGAGUAAUUAACAUUCCAUGUUUUGCAAGAUUUGCAUAAAUCCUAUGUGGUGUUUUGUAACUUGUGAGUAGUAGUACAAUAAUUGAGGGAGUAUAGAUAAAGAGAAUAUAGUGAAAAGAUUCAACUAGUCAAGCUGACAUGUUAAUGUACUUGAGAUAGAUACAUUUUUACAAAGAUAUACAUGUACACAUUAAAAAAAGUUAGAAAAUUAAAGAAGAAAUAGAAAGCAAAUAAGAAAAAAAAAAGAAGGAGAGAGAAGCUCAUUCAUAUAUAUAUAAGGAAUUGCAAAGGGAGAGUGAGAGAGAAGAAGAAGAGAGAAGGAAAGAAGAGGAGAAUGGGAAGAGGGAGAGUAGAAUUGAAGAGGAUAGAGAACAAGAUCAAUAGGCAAGUGACGUUUGCAAAGAGAAGAAAUGGCCUUUUGAAGAAAGCAUACGAGCUUUCGGUUCUAUGUGAUGCAGAGGUUGCUCUCAUCAUCUUCUCUAAUCGAGGAAAACUGUACGAGUUUUGCAGUAGUUCCAGCAUGAUCCGGACACUGGAGAGAUACCAAAAGUGCAACUAUGGACCUCCAGAGCCCAAUGUACCUUCAAGAGAGGCCUUAGCAGUUGAACUUAGUAGCCAACAGGAGUAUCUUAAGCUUAAGGAGCGUUACGAAGCCUUACAAAGAACCCAAAGGAAUCUAUUGGGAGAAGAUCUUGGACCUCUUAGUACAAAGGAGCUUGAGUUACUUGAGAGACAGCUUGACUCUUCUUUGAAGCAGAUCAGAGCUCUCCGGACACAGUUCAUGCUCGACCAGCUCAAUGAUCUCCAGAGUAAGGAACGCAUGUUAAAUGAGACAAAUAAAACUCUCAGGCUAAGGUUAGCUGAUGGAUAUCAAAUGCCUCUUCAACUCAACCCGAGUCAAGAAGAUCAUCAUGUUGACUAUGGUCGUCAUGAUCAACAGCAACACUCUCAUCAUGCUUUCUUCCAGCCUUUGGAAUGCGAACCCAUUCUUCAAAUGGGCAGGUAUCAGGGGCAUCAAAAUCAUGGAAUGGAAGCAGGACCAAGUGCAAGUAAUUACAUGUUGGGUUGGUUACCUUAUGACACCAGCUCUAUUUGAAUAUUUCUUCAAUUUUUGACAUUUUAUAUGAAAACUCUCUUCCCCUCUUAGCUACAUGGUGAUUGAUUACCUCGCUCUAUUAUCUCUGUCUUGUAUGCAUUUGUGUGUGUGUAAUGUUUAUUAUGCCCUUCUACAAUUAAUUUUUUUUUUGACACAUUACUCCCAAUGCUCCAACACCGUCACACUAAAAUCUUGAGUACAUGUAUACAUAUUCCCUUA